ACGAAUUUAAAGUCUGUCCUUCAGCUCUUCGUUUUCUGAGCUGAACUAAAACAUGAGCAAGCGUUGUGAUAUUGUCAACCUCAAUGUUGGUGGUCGAAAGUACACAUGUAGUUCAGAUUACACUGCCAUUUUACAGGUUUUCUACUUCUCGCAAUACACUUUUGUGGAACAAAAACUCAUUUUUCAGCAUAUUACUUGAUGGUGCCUUGCCUACACUAAGAGAUGAAUCAGGGGCUAUAUUCAUAGAUAGAGAUCCAGAUAUGUUCAGUGUCAUUCUCAACUACCUACGAACUAGUGAGGUCAAUCUUAAUGGUGUAGAUAUUAAUUCACUCAAGAACGAAGCUCAGUUUUACGCGCUGGACUCUCUAGUUAAGAAACUAUCUUUAUGUGAAGAAAAUCUUCUAGGCAAAUGUGGAGACCUACUGUUCCAUGCUUACAUGCCCUCACCAGAAUUCAUAUUGGAUGAAUCUGGGAAAAACUUCAGGUGGGGUGCAAAUAAAGACAGCCAAUGUGGUAAUCAUUCUAGUCCUGGAAAUAAUGUAGGCCUACUGACUUACACCACUGCUAGUUUAUCUAUGAAAAAAAAUUCGAAUGCAAUGAUAAAAGGCUCCAAAAAUUUGCAACAUACAAUAAAAAAUUCACCGAUUAAGACACGGACGACUAAUUCAUUGCAUGAUGCUUCUAAUUGUGGUGCAAACAGAACUAAAGAUAACGGAAAUACAUCUAAGCAUGACUAUCUACCCGACUGUCCUACACAAAGAAUUCUUGACGAGUCAAUGGCAAGUGCGUCGAAUCCAGUUAAUCAAUCAACUAGUCAGGAUUUUGAAAGUAAUGAUUUACACUCAGCCAAUCCCGAGUUGCAUCAUAAACCUGUAACCUUACUUGUUUGUCAUCAAAGCAUAAUGGCUGCUGCUUACUCAGAUUGUGUAGGUGUAUUCUCGUAA